GAGACCGGUGCCGUAAAAAAAAGAGGAACCGGAAGUGUACAAGUGUUUGCCUGGCCGCCCCUUUCUGUAGCAUGUAGACUAAAUGUUUGAUGGUUGUUGUUGUUUUGUCAUUUCUUCUUUAAACACGGCGAACAUCAACACAGCAUGGAGUCAAAGGGACCUUCGCUGUAUGCACAGGCGGGCACCUCAGUUGAUAUGUCACGAAGCCUAGAUGAAGACUCUAUGGUGGACGGACCUCUGAUCUCACCCGACGUGCUCCACUCUGCCAUCAGGAGAGAGUUUCAGACUGUACCAACGCCCUGCCAUGCAGGCCUGCUCUCUCUGCUGCAUGUUGUGUUCGUGGUGUUGUCAAUGUGUGUGGGAGUGAUGUGUGUGUUGAAAUUUGGCCAAGAGGAGGUGUGUACGAGUAUUUUACACAAUGUGCCUGGCGACAGCGUCAUUUUGUUUGGGAAGGUGUGCUUAUGGGUGCUGGUGCUGUUGUUCAGUGGGUGUGUGCAGCACCACCACAACCGGGCCAGGAGCAGAGGAUACCUGCGGUUCUACAGACAGACGCAGGGACUAAAGCACCUGCCGCUCACCGUAUACUCUGCAGGAAACGUUCUGCUGCUGGUCCUUCUGGCUGCACAGUUACCACUGAAAUGGCACACCUACAUGCUGCUCAGCAUCCUUGGGUUGGAGCUCUUGGUGGCAUUGCCAUGUCUGCUCUAUUACACAGUCAAGGUGAUGCAAUUCAACAGGGAGCGAGCUGCACCAGACGUGAGCCAAGAAGAGCAUUCACACAACUUCAGUGUUACAAACCUGUCGACUGAGACCGGCUUCAGAGAAGGCUCCAGUCUCGAGGAGGUGGUGGAGAAGCAGGCCGACCUGAUAGAGUACCUGAAACAGCACAACACCUUGCUGAGCAAGAGGCUGCUCAACCUUACUGCUCAGCACUGACCACAGUCCGACCUCCUCCUCCUCCUCCUCCAUGUGAACCAGCCACCACACACUCAUCUCGGCCUGGGAGUCAGAGUUCGAUCUGCUCUCCUCACACAAAGGAGAGGGGGGACUGUGGGUUUGAAAGAGAGGAUUGGAGCUUGAAGAAACACUGGAUAAAAAGACUUAAAAAGUAAGGAAAUCCCUUUGCACACAAGCACCUGCGCGCACAGGUAAGACGGGAGGGUUCAUCCUCACCUGAGAUGGACAGAUAACGCAGGAGGAGGUGAGCUGUAAGUGGAGGACAGUUAAAGAGGCAAAGUGGGAGGAGGAGAGGAGUCAUGGGUCACAGAUCAGAGGUGAGGGGUUUUUAUCACUGUCUUACGACCCCCAGUGACCCGUGUGUGCUGCCACUUGUGUUACUGUGAGAGAAUCAGAAGGGUCGAAAUUGUUUUAGAGAUCGUCGGCACUAAGGAGGAGCUGAAGGAGCAGGAGAUACAGGAGGGAGAGGUUAUCACCUAUCAGGGUCAAACAGAAGAAAGAGAUUAAGUAACGCUGUAAAAUGCUAUUUUAUGUCUGAUUGUGUAUGUGUAAAUGAUGUAUUUGGUGUUAAUUUUGUGUACCUGUGAACUGAUUUCAAUAAAUCUUUAAUAUUC